AUGACACGACGCCCAGGGCCACUGCCCGUCAAAACGCGGAUUAAGACUAUGCAACAAGUCACUCUGCCAGAGCUUCGAACUUACAUCGCGAGCGGCGCUCUGGCACACAAGACCACUCUAUUCGUAAGGGUCAUUCUUCGCCCUGGCGAGGAUGCUUGGCCGCACCUUUCGCCUUCAUAUCUUGAGCCCUUCAAGGCUAGCAGGCUCCAUCGCCUGGAACGAUUGGAGAUAGUGGUUGAGCUGAGCGCAAAGGUCGUCCAGGAGCGCGCCGCCCAAGGCUUCCUCGACGCGGUGGCGUAUUCGCUGGAACAGCCCGUCGUCGAUCGGUACCGCGAGUGGUGCCUCCCUGCGCUUUCGACCCUGGUGGUGGACUUCCGAGGUACAGGACUGACGCCGUUGCGUUGUGAGUUCUACGUCGCGCAACCCAUGGCGCCCUCCACAACUGAACACACCCGUACCUUGUUCAGGCGCUGA